AGACACGCACGGACAAGACUAAAAGUUAAUUGACGAAAGAAUAAUAUGAUAAUAUGCACGAAACACCGUUUCGAGGGAGUCAAUAUUAUAAUAUAAUUAUUGGACGCUGUUUAAAUUUUUAUUGAACGUCGUAAAAAAAAAAAAAAAACGACUGCCGUGGAAAUUCACACGCGCGCGCGAUGAACCGACGACGGAUGUGUCCCCGCCGCCGCGGCCUGGCAAUAUCGAAACACGUUUACAAUUUUCGGGUUUUGGGUUUCGUGCCCGAAAAACGGUUUCACGCCGCACGUUCCGACUCCCACCGCCUCACGGCUACCAGGACGUAUCCACCCAACGUACAUCUAAUACCCAGGUAUAUGUUCGAGACCGGACGUCGUUGCAAUGAUAAUGAUAAUAUAUUUAUUAUAUGGAACGCCGCGGCGGUGUGCUGCACUCGGGAUACGAAUAGCUACGACUCUUCAAAACACACACGCGGAUAAUUUAAUAUAAUUUAAUAUUUUUCAACUCGUCGACGAGAGUGAAAGGAUGAGCGCGGCGUCGGGUCAUCGGACGGCCUACUUUCUCCGGUCCACGUGGAUCGCUCCGCUCGACCUAAACACGGUUACACGGGCAUAGGUGUGGAUACCUAUAACCCGAACCACCGUGCAGACGUACCUAUAAUAUGCUAUAUCCGAUACGCAGUGCACGGUCGCCGGACGUCGACAGCGGACGGGCUUUUAGAUUUUUUUACGCGUUCCCGGCCGAACCCGCCCCUUUGCCGCUACAGUAUCGCGGCUGCGGUGGGGGUCGCCGCAGGAUGAGACUCCGAUGGUUUUCCAUGCCGCUGGUCGUCGGCUUCAUGCUCUUCCUGUGCGUCGUCCUGUUGGCCGUUAACUUUUUCGAACUCAACUGGAUCCAGUACGAGCACAACAAGUUCCAUCACGAACAAGAGCCGUACGGCAGGCCGCCGCCGUCGCCGUUGUCGUCUCAAAGGCACGUGGAGGCUGCGAAAAGGCCCUCGUACAUUGUCCUGGCGAAACACGCCGAUGCUGGACACUUGGUGCACGUUUUCGACGUGUUCAACGUUUACGGGUACACGAGAAGACCGUUCGACAAAAAAGUGGAAUGGGACGUUAUAUGGGCUCACGAAUAUCCGUUCAAAGUGUACGCUGACCAAAUCAUGUUUUCCGAUUUGAAACCUCAUCAAAAAGUCAACCAUUUUCCUGGUGUAGGUUUUAUAACGAACAAAAUUGAUUUGGCAACAUCGAACAUAAAAUAUGUACCUCCAGCUUUUCACAUGCCGAAAGAAAAAUCAAAAUUUUUCACGUUUGCCAAACAGUAUCCUCAUAAACUGUUCGUUCAAAAGCAGAACAACCACCGUGGCAUUAAAAUUAAAUCAAUCAAAGAAUUGGACUUCAAUUCGAACGGUACAUUUAUUCAGGAGUAUAUUGAUAAUCCUCUGUUGAUUGAUGGAUAUAAAUUUGAUAUUGGAGUGUAUACAAUCAUUACGUCCAUAGAUCCUCUCAGGGUUUAUAUAUACAACGGCGACAUUUUAUUCAGGUUUUGCCCGGAAAAAUAUCAUCCGUUCGAUCCCGACAACAUAGACAAAUAUGUAAUUGGAGAUGACUAUUUACCAACGUGGAAUGUUCCGUCUCUAAAAAAAUAUUACGUUGAUCAAGGAGCUUCGAUGAAAGUCUCCGUCGAAUCUCAUCUGAAAGCUCAAGGAAGGGAUGCCACAAAAAUAUGGGACCAAUUGGAAGACGCCAUACGAGUCGUAUGUUUGGAAAAAGAAUCGAUGAUAAGAAACCUAAUGCGAAAUUAUAAGUCGAAGACGAAUUUUUUCGAAAUGGCACGUUUUGAUUUUGUUGUCGAUAACGAUCUAAAGGUGUAUAUAAUGGAGGUCAACAUGUCGCCAAAUUUGUCAUCGGCUCAUUACAAACCAAAUCGUUUACUUUACGAACAAGUGUUAUUCAAUUUAUUUGCUAUUGUUGGCCUGACUCAUUUUGAACGCAAAGGAGACAGUAUGGCGGUGUCCACGAAAAACAUCGUCGCAUACCCGGAAAAGUGCGCCAGACUGAAUUGUGACCAGUGCGAUUCGGAAGACUGCCUACUGUGCAAACCUUGCAUGGACUGGGACACAAAAGUCCAAUUUACAAAUGCCUAUCGGGAAUACAUCGAUCGGCACGACUGCAAAAGAGUUUUCCCGCCAAAAUUUAAUCCGAACUUUUUGAACAACUCCGAAGACCUUAGCAGCUAUAGUCUGAAAACGCGUUUGAUGUAUAAAUGGUUCAAAGGAAAAUGCAUCGCGGACACGGAAUGGUGUUGAUAAUUCAAAAAACUGUGUUUCGCUAGAAACCGUGAAAAGAGGCAAGUCACUUCUACUUUUAAUCAAAACGAAAGCCAUAUUUAGUUUUUUUUUUUUUUUUAUUGUUUUUAUAUUAUUAUGUAAUGUUUUAAUUAAAAAAUUACAAUAAGUUAAUUUAUUUA